AAUAUGCAAUAAUUGUCACUUCCGGCUGUCUUCCAAAACAACUUUUUCGUGCGAACUCAACAAAAUAUUUGUAUUUUGCGUAAUACUGCUCAUGGUCAAUGGAGGGGAUGUUUGUAGUUAGAACCAGCGUGUUAUAGUGUGGUUGUCAAGCAGGUGGGAAAGAUGAGUAACAGUCCUGAUUGGUCUACUGAGGAGAAUAAUACCUCACUAAAAACAGUGCUGAAAUGGGAACUUCAGCAUUUGCUGCAGAGAUUGGCUGAAGUUGGAGAGGAAGCUCUUCUGUUAACAGUGAGUGUGAAAGAUGGUGGAACAACUGAAAUGGGGUCACCUAGAGGUCAAGUCUUCUUGUCUAUGUCUGACCUUCAUAAUGUCAAAUCAGAGUUCAAGUCUUACUGUCAAGGUGUCUCUGAUAUAAGGGAGCGGAUGGAAAUAUAUAGAGAUUUAUCCUCAGGUCAACUUUCAUUAGGACCCAAAAUAUCCAACGAUUCUGGUUAUUCAGAACACAGAAGAAAACGUAGAAAAAAGACUUACUUACAACAUGCAAAAAUGCCUCGUUUCCAUGGCGACCAGGAAUCAAGUAUUAAACAAGAGCUAUCAUCAACAUCCGAUGAUAAUUCUGGAGGAAAUGAGAGAUUAGGUCAUCAUGAGCAAUGUGAGA